UACCAAGAGAGCUUUUCUGGAAGUGCACUAGACGAGAGGCUUGGGGGUGACAGAGGAGAGUUGAAUGCUCAGUGUUUAAGGGAAGUGGUUGGGGGGUUACUUCCUUUUUUGGUCAUCUUUGGAGAUGGCUUGAAAGGAAGGGAAAAGGCCUCUGGACUGCCCCAUGCCCUGUUCUCUUUCUCUUUCAUUUCGGAAUCUGUGUAACCGUGGAAGGAUGACCUUUGGGACAAUGAACAGGCCCGGAGAUGCUGAUGCAAAGGGCCGGGUAGUCAUUGACAGCGGUAGCCAGAUUCUUAGACAGUGACUGCGAGCCUUUGGUAUCGGGGUGGGAGAGGACCUGCCAGAUUCUCUCAACCGAGGGCAAAUCAGAGAAGACGUUCAAUUUUGAAGUUUGUGAGGCUCUGGCUUCUGACCAGCAGGACCCUCUGGCCUUUUAACUUUGAGUGUGAAAUAUUCCCCGCCAGCUCUGGAGAGGAAAAUAGAAAUAAGUUUUGGAUCACCUGCUUCCUCCAGGUGUAUGGAAACCAAAGGCCAACUUCAAGUUUCGUGAAGACCAAGAAAAGCGGAGGGUGCAGGUCGAAGCUGAUGCUUUAUUUCUGAAACUCGUGGCAGAAUGGUGGUUUCUGUGGUCCGGGCUACCGCUCUAUUGAUGGAAACGGACAGCUGCCUCAAGUUCAAGGGCUGAGUCAUGUCCUCUAAGCUGCUCCGGGGCUGCCUCCUUCCAGCUGGGCCAUCUUAUCUGGACUGUCGAGGGUGGCAGGCUCUCCAGAGUGCUGGCGGGAAAGGGGGCCCUCUGGGCUGGAGGCUGGCAGGGUCGGGGAAAGGCCAUGAUCCCUUUGCGGGAGGACAGCCGGGAAGAGGGCCUCUGCCCCAUCUGCCAGGAGGGCCUCAAGGAGGCGGUGAGCACUGACUGCGGACACCUCUUCUGCCGAGUGUGCCUGGCCCAGCACCUGGGGAAGGCCUCGGCCUCCGGGGUCCUCAGCUGCCCCCUCUGCCGGAAGCCCUGUUCUGAGGGGGUCCUGGGGGCCGGCUAUACCUGCCACAGCCACCAGAAGAAGGUGUGCUGGUUCUGUGAGGAGAGCAGACUUCUCCUGUGUGUGGAGUGCCGGGGGUCCCCUGAGCACAGUUCUCACUGUGAACUGGCCAUUGAAAACGCCAUCAGCCACUACAAGGAACGACUCAACCGCAGAAUCAGGAAGCUGAAGAAGGAUGCCUGUGAGCUCCAGCGGCUCAGGGCUCAGGAGGAGAGACUGCAGACCGCGCAGUUUCAGACAGACUGUGGGACCCACAGGCUGGAGGCUGGGCUGGAGAGACAGCUGGAUGCCCUCGCCCGGCAGGGGCCAGGCCACCUGGAGGACGUGCCGGCAGAGGUGUCCAGACUUCUUGGCAUCUCCAGGGCAAUAACAUAUCUCAGCAACCUGGUAACUGAUCUGGAGACAGUGGCCAAGAAACUGGAUGUCAACAUGCUGAAGAGUGCCAGCGAUUUAUUGAACAGGAGUGCUCCCGAGCAGCUAGAAUACUUAAAGAAAAGAACCAGCGAAACACUUCUCCUUCCAUCCUCGGCAGCUCUGACCCAUUCCUCCCGGGGUCCCCUCAUCUCAGACUCACCUCAGCCUCCUGGCUCUCCUUCCUCCAACCUGCCCAGCCUCCCACCAGGUCAGCCUGGUGCACCUGCAGGCUUCUGUCUCCUGAACACGGCCCCCUUUCCUCAUCUCACAGCUGUGACGUGACACCCGACCCUCUGACACCUGGACAAUUGUGAUCGUCUCUUUCCAGAGCCAGGCUCAUCCCGUGGCCCCCACUUUAGAAGUCAAGAUCCAAGACCCCUAUUUCACCUGUGAACUAAUGAUAGCACCCAUCUCUCGCAACUUCAUAUUAAAAUGGGAGUGCCCAGAGAGUUCCCGUUGUGGCCCAGAAUGAUAAGAACCUGACAUGGUGUCUGUGAGGGUUUGAACCCUGACCUCACUCAGUGGGAUAAGCAUCUGCAGUUGGCACAGGCUGGGGCAUAGGUUGAAGAUGUGGCUUGGAUCUGGCUUUGCUGUGUCUGUGGUGUAGGCUGGCAGCUGUACCUCUGAUUCACCCACUACCCUGGGAACUUCCAUGUGCUGUAGGUGCAGCCAUAAAAAUAAAAAUAAAUAAAUAAAAAAUAAAAUUGCGUUUUUAAAAAUGGGAGUGCCCAGGAGCCUGGAUGGCACACACUCAGCAGUGGUGAGGCCACUUCUGCCUACAGAGCUGACACAUCUGUUGGGAGGAAUGUUUCUUUGGCGCUCCUGUAGCACCUGUUGUCUGGACCACUCACCUGGUAUUUAUUCAUUGUGUGGGUGGUGGACAGACCCUAGGGUCACACCCAUCAUCCUCCGCUCACCGUGUUCCUGCCCUUGUGUGAUCCCCUCUGAGUAUGAGCAGAACUUGUGACUCAUUUCUAGUCAUUGGAAUAUGGUGACAGGGAUGGGAUGUUCCUUCACUGACUGUGUUGCACUGGGUAGGAUUCCUCCUUGCUGACCGACUCACUGUCGCUGGAUUGAUGAAGUGAGUGGCCCUAUGGCCAGAAGGAAGCUUCUAGGAGCUAAGAGAGGCUUCCAGCCUCCAGCCAACAAGAAGCAGGGGCCCUCAGUCUUGCAGCUGCAAGAAAAUUCUACCAACAGCCUAAGGGAACAUGGAAGUGGAUUUUCUUCCCCAGUCCAGCCUCUGAUGAGAAGUCAGCCCAGCUUGACUUGAUUGUAGCCCUGUGAGACCCUAAGCAGAGAACCCAAAUUUCUGACCCACAGAAACUGUGAGGCAAUAAAUGUCAUAGAAACUUUGAUAUAAUAAAUGUGUUGUUUUAAUGACACUAAUUCAUUUUUUAUGCAGCAAUGAGUAAUGCAUUUGUAGAUUAAUUAUUUGUGCAAAUCACUUCUUUGGGUGAAUAUGGACAGUACUUUGUCUCUGUGCUCCCAGGAUUUAGGACAGUUCUUCGUUCAUAGUUGGUGUUCAGUGAAGUUUAUUACGUGGAUACACAAAUGAAUUAAUUAGAAAGUAUAAGGAUAAGGGCCCUUCUUGAUGCUCCAGAUUGAACGAAGGGGGCCUUUAAUUAGUAUUUAUUGAGCCCUUGCAGAAAUAGUCAACACUAUACUUGGCACUGAAGAAUAUAAAGAAUAAAACAUGGCUACAAGGAGGUGGUGCAUUGUGAUGUAAAGAGUAAAAACUCAUGAGUCAGACUUGAGUUCGGUCCCAGUCCUGACACCUAAUAUCUCUGUAACGCUGUGCAAGUUACAUGGCCUUUCUACUCAGUACUCAGCACUAUUCCCUCUAAGAUGAGGAUAAUGGUAUCCAUGGCCUGGGAUUGUUGUAAGAAUUCCAUGUUACCAACAACGCCUGCUGCCGUGCCUAACACUGCAAACAUUCAAAUGUAUUAAUUCCAUCUUCUUAUUCUACUUCUCCAUCCAGAAGAUUCUAAUCUAGCUGUGGAAUCAGAACAAACACAUACGGAAUAACAAGAGCGUGUGCGGCAGGUUACAUUAAGUGUCACAGUUGCUAAGUGCAGCAGGGAUUCAGAGUAGAGAUGUGAGUGAGGCUGCCAAAGUCAGAUUUGGCUUCAUGGGUGUGGGAUUGGACAGGCAGGAGAGAAAAUUGAGGGCAUCCAAGGUCAGGCUAACUCCACAGAUGAAAGCAUGGAGGCAGGAAAAAGCCACAGCACAUUUGCAGGAGGACUGGAAGACAGACUCAGUUAGUCUGGAAUAUUCGGGAACAGAGGUGACCAGAAGUCAAGCAGCAGGUUAGAUGAGUGACACUAAGACAUAGGCAGCCAUCAGAGGCUUUUGAGUUGGGCGUGAAGGGAACAGAGGUGUUUCAGGAAAACCAGUCUGGAUUGGUGGUGACUGCUGGAUUGGGGGCAGGGAGGGGGGGGUUAGGGAGGAAGAGGGGGUUUAGGGAGGAGAAGGGGGGUUUAGGGAGGCGGAGGGAGAAAGAGCCUAGUGUGGGUGUUCAGAAAGAGCCUAGUUACUAGACAGGAAGAUGCACAUCUGAGAGAAACAUGAGACCCCCAAGUCUAAGAGCAAGACAUUAGCCAAGGAAAGAGCAUCCCUGGAGGUGAUAGCUACUGACUCCCAUGUCCCAGCUGGGAUUAAUGUCACACGGAGAAGUUGUCCAGGAGUGGGAGGAGACUGACAGGUUCCAAGGGUCUCUCUCCACUGGAGAGAGUCAGUUACCCUGCCUGUCCUUUUCUGAUGCGACUGCAGGCCAUUGGGCCAGGUGGGGGUCUGACCAGCUGGCAGUUGGCUAACGGAGCCUAUAAGGUGGGCUUCGGAGAAAGAGCGCACCAAAGAGGGACAAAGAUAAUUGACAUCAGGUUUUCUAGGAAAGUAAAAGUGGAUCUGUGAACAGCAGAAAUUGGCACUGUGUUGUAAAUAAACUAUAAUUUUAAAAAAGUGGAGAAAAAAAUGUACAUCUGUGAUGAAUACGCCUUUAUUUAUUUAUUUAUUUAUUUAUUGUCUUUUUAGGGCUGCACCAGUGGCACAUGGAAGUUCCCAGGCUGGGGGUCUAAUCGGAGCUGUAGCUGCCAGCCUAUGCCACAGCCACAGCAACACCAGAUCUGAGCCGUGUCUGCGAUCUACACCACAGCUCACAGCAGUGCCGGAUCCUCAACCCACUGAGCAAGGUCAGGGAUGGAACCCGCCACCUAUGGUUCCCAGUCGGAUUCAUUUCCACUGCGCCACGAUGGGAACUCCUGAAUAUAUCUUUAAUUGGCAGGAAGAGCAGCAGCAGAAGGCAUCAGAGCCACACAUGUGGCCAUGUGCAGACACAUGUUCGACUCCAUGGAAUCUGGACUAUGUCACAGAAUGGCCACAGGCUAAUCCAGUCUCUAAGCUGCCUUGGACCUCAAGCCCCCUUCCCACAGUUCUUGGAUGUACAGAGGCAGUAGUACUAUGGCCAUGAGCAAAGACCUAGGAGCCAAACCAUCUGUUUAAAGGCUAGUGUUUAAUGUGUGUUAUUGCUGUGCUAUUUACUAUCUGCUGAUGUGGGACCAGUUACCCAACCUAUGUUGUCUCAGUUUUCUCAUGUAUGAAAUGGGGCUAUUAAUAAUAGUACCUACCUCAUAGGGUUGUUGUGAGGAUUAAAUGAGUUAAUAUAUUAAAAAUAUUUAUUACGGUGACUGGCCAGAGUGAGCUCUAUGAGUCUUUUUUACUAUGACUCUCAAUAUUAUCAUCACUUGCUUUUAUUUUUACUUUUUUUCUAGGGCUGAACCCACAGCUUAUGGAAGUUCCCCAACUAUGGGUCAAAUCGGAGCUACAGCCACCAGCCUAUGCCACAGCCACAGCAACGCAGGAUCUGACCCAAGUCUGCAACCUACAACACAGCUCCUCAUGGAUCCUGGUCGAGUUCGUUAAUUGCUGAGCUACGAAGGGAAUUUCCUACUCAUAUUUUAGACUCAACCUUUCCAGAAAGCCAUCCC